AUGACACGGACUUUAGUGGCCAUGAUAACAGACGAUUUUCAACCACUUUCAGUCAUCGAGGACACUGGUUUUCGACGUUUUGUUUCACUGUUGGACCCACAAUACUCGAUACCAAAUCGAAAAAAGUUGCGCCUCAUGAUGGAGGAUGAUUACCAUAAACAGAAAGAGGCUGUAAACUUGGCCAUGGAACACUCUACUUGUGUUUCUUUAACGACCGAUAUUUGGACCUCACUCAAUAGUGAGGCAUAUAUUGCUGUAACUGGUCAUUUAAUUAACACUAAUUGGUGCCUGAAAGCUUUAGCUCUCGAGACAUUCCAUUUCCCGGAAAAGCAUACAGCACUAAAUAUUAGUGAGGUGUUAGAUAACAUGAUUUCAAAAUGGAACAUUGGAAACAAGGUUGUAAGCAUCACAACUGACAAUGCCAGUAACAUGACAGCAGCCGUACAACUUAUUCACAGUGGCAACAUUUAUAUGCAACAUGUGCCUUGUUUAGCACACACCAUCAAUUUAGUUGUGAAAAGUUCUUUGAACACCAACAGUGAGCUCUGCAUAAUGUGGGAAAAGGCCAGAGAAAUUGUUAGCUAUUUUAAAACAUGUUGCAAUGCUAAUGAAAAACUCCAUGAGAUACAGGAUCUAAUGAAAAAACCUGUUCAUAAAUUGAUUCAGGAAACUGAAACCCAAUGGAACAAGAACCUCACAGCUGACGAGUGGCGAAUUUUGAAGGAAUGUUUAUGUGUACUGGAGUCAUUUGAAGUGGUAACAAGUGAAAUUUCAACUGAAAACUAUACCUCUCUUUCGAAAGCUAUUCCAAUAAUCAUACAGCUAAUCCUAACCAUAUGCAAUGGGAAGUGGGCUACCAUGGCAGCACAAGAGCUAGAGCAUCAUCUGCACAACUCACUAAUAUCCCGGCUACGAUUAAUAGAAACAAACAAAGUACAUGCCGUUGCCACAGGUCUCGACCCAAGAUUCUAA